AUGGGCCAGAGUAGUGCGGUGCUAGAUUCUGUCCAAAGAGGAAGAGAAGUAGUGAAGAUUAGUGUUAGUAGAUAUGAAGAUUUCUUUUCCCCUCUAAUACCCAACAGGAAAGAGGUUGAUUGCAGUGAAGAGGCUAGAGAAGUUAGUGGAAAGUUCCAAGCAGAAACGAGAGUCAUUGGAAAAGCACACCAUAGUUAUUUAGUUCGUUUGUUGGGUUUCUGUGAGGAGGGUUCUAUAAGACUUCUGGUGUAUGAAUACAUGUCCAAUGGCUCCCUUGGAAACCUUAUCUUUGUGGCUCAAGCAAAACUUCUCAUGCCCGAUCAAACUAGAACCGUGACAGUGGUCAGGGGGACAAGAGGGUAUCUGGCCCCUGAAUGGAACAAGAAUGUCCCCAUAUCUGUCAAGGCUGAUGUUUAUAGCUACGGAAUAGUGUUGGAAAUUUUAUGUUGCAGAAGAAGCAUGGAAGUUUAUGCCUCCGAACCUGAGGCGGUUCUUCUCUCCGGAUGGGCUUAUAAGUGUUUUAUUACCGGAAAACUUAAUAAGCUUUGUACUUGGGAAGUCGUGAAUGAUAAAACUGCAGUGGAAAGUAUGGUUAAAGUGGCACUUUGGUGUAUCCAAGAUGAACCUUAUCUGCGUCCAACAAUGAAGAGUGUGGUGUUGAUGUUAGAAGGGGUCACAGACAUAGCAAUUCCUCCUUCUCCCGCUUCUGAUUCUACUUGA